AUGUUGUCUUCAUCUCUCUCAAAGCAGACUACCAUCAUGUCGCCUUCUCUUUCCCAUACCGUAGACCAAGACGUAGACGACGACGAGCUCUGUAUGGUCUGCGAUGGCAAGUGCACUUGUGCCUCGUCUUCAUCGCAGCCCUUAGCCAGUACUUCUGCUGCACCUUUUCCCACCGUACAACCAAAACUAAAGAUAAAGCUUCCUCCGAAGCCAAAAAUUCCAUCUGGCUUACCUCCAGAUCUCCCCGAUCAUCUCGUUCCUCCUCAACAGCAACCACCUCCAAAGCGCAGAGGGCGUCCUCCCAAAAACGGCAUCUCUGCUGCUUCACGCUCGCGUCUAAAACCAUCGGCAUCCUCUCGACGCCCUCUUCCGAAAAAACAGACCAAAGACGGUACCAAAAAACGACGAACGCCCGUCAAGAGAAAACGGGUUGAUUCUACGGAUGACGAGUCUUCAGACCUUACCGAUAUCGAUCAACUCUAUACACAACACCAUCAUCAUUCCACUCCAGGCUACACAGGCGAUGAUGACGGAGACGAGGAUGAUCGCUCGACACAAUUUCCCACUUUCGCGUCCUCCAUCUCCUCUGCUUCGUCAACAGACUCUGACAGUGCGUCCCUGUCAGGUUUUGAAACUGAUUCCUCAAUAGAAGCCGAAGAAGAAAGUUUUAUUAUUGCCCAAGAAAGAGCUCGUGUGCGACGCGAGCUUAUGGGUGAGGAAACCCUGCAGAAACGUCGUGACAACAAUUGGGUCAUACGACCACGAAAAAGAAGCGUGGGAAAUCCUAGCGAUGUUGACAUGGCCGGUGAUAGUGACGCCUCCGAAGAAGACGACGACGCCCAGGACGACGAACAGGACGACGAUGACGACGACGAACAGGAUGAAUCGGACCGACCCGGAGCAGGCUAUGUAGGCUUCGCUACUGGGUGGUCUGAUGACGAGUCCAGUUUCGAUGCUGACCUCUUUUUUGCCAAUCUGUCUUCUGAUCCAGACGGCAAUGGUUCUUCCACUCAAGGCGACGACGAAGUCGAUGCUCAUAGCUACCAAUCUGAUUUAGAUGUUCUGGCUGCCAGCAUUGUUCCGCAACUCCGCCAAGGUAUCCACAAUAUGCCCUUCGAGGUAUCCGAGGGGUGGGAUGGUCAGAUCGUGUUUACGAACGGUCUUGGUGAGGCACAGGGUACCGUAAAUCUAGACGUUCCGUUUCCUCCCUCCCCGAUCAUCUUCCCGGAGCAGAGUGUUUCGCCUCCUCGUGUAGAUGGUGGUGGGGAUGUCGACAUGAUUUCGACAACAGACGCAGAUCCGGACGAAGACGGCUAUGAGCAGGAUGUCGAUACUGUUGGUGAGGAUGACGGAGAUACAACCGAUGAGGAGCUGGUCGGGGAAGAUGAUCUACCCAAUGAACACGCCAUGCAGUUGUUCAACAUGCCCUUUACGAGCGUUUCAUAUAUCAACCCCCUAUCGACCAUGAGUCCGGUCAGUAGUCCGGGUCCUAGACGCGGAUCUGCCCCUUUUGGAUUGGACUCGCCCAAACCGGCUGAUAUCCUUGCAGGAAGAGCUUACUGUGACUCUGAUGAGCCUGAAGAUUUCGAGAAUGAUUCCAGGGGACUCGCUUUGUUCAGAGGUGGUGGCCCGCGACAAGGUGAAUUUGAGAUCACAAAACACACACGUCGUGCUGUCAUCGAUGGUCAGCACACGAAUAUCCCAUCUCCCCAUCCUAGGUUUAAAGGCCGCCAUAACCGAUUGUCUGCCUCUCGGUCUAUUGGGCUCGACAGCCUUUUACGGCGGACCUUGCAACCUAUCAGACCCUCCUCCCUUCCACCGUCUAUCCGAUUUCCACUGACCCUUUCGCCAUCGUCGGAGGUGGUCUCGAUGUCACCCGAACUCCUCCCCACGCAGGUAGUCGACAUUGAUGAUGUCCUCGACUCAUCCUUCCUUGACGCUGAUCCUCCGAUCGAUAGCGAAUUGCAAGAGUGCGGUGACGGUGAAACCUCAUCGACAGAAAGCGCGUUUGAGGUGGAAGAUUCCCACAAACACAUUCAAAACCUCAAACGGUGGGAUGUCAUCUCCGUUGGUGCAUUCCGAAAAACACGCGAAGCUGCAGGAGGAGGAUGUUUGAGCGACAGUGCAACAGCAGGUUGGGGUUCGGAUUCACCCGCGGACUACAGUGCUGCCAUGAAGAGCAGUCCUAUGAGUGAUAUGCUCUGGCAGAACAGGAACGGACAGCAGUCGCAUGCACAACAUUCCCAGGCUUCAUCUUCAUCUUCCCGUCUGUCGUAUGCUCUUUCACCCGACCUUUUACCGGUCACAGAUGGUGAUCGUACGCCCACCUCUCAUCCAAGAACCCCCGUGAAAGGCUCAAGGGAGGGUGAUAACCACCAACAUCAAAAGACGAGGAAAGAUAUCAGAAAGGAAAGAAGAUUGAAGCAGAAGAGCUUCACUACGUCCCGGCAUUCACAACAUCGCAACCACCACCACUUCCAUCAACACCAUCCAAACCUAAAAUCACGCAGCACCAGUUCGAAUCAAAGGAAUUUCAGUUCGCCAUCGUCUAUGCCUGCGCUGAACAUUUAA